AUGGAAGACGGGUAUCGAAGGGGGAAGGAGAGGGAGGAGGGGGAGGAGGGGGAGGUCCGGUACCGGGGAGUCAGGCGCCGCCCGUGGGGGAAGUUCGCGGCGGAGAUCCGGGAUUCGGCCCGGCCGGGAGAGCGCGUGUGGCUGGGGACGUUCAACUCGGCGGAGGAGGCGGCACGAGCCUACGACCACGCAGCCUACAUAAUGAGGGGAUCCCUCGCGGUGCUCAACUUCCCGGAGGAGUACCAAUCGAGGAACGCACGAUUCUCUUCUUCUUCUGGUUCGUCAUCUUCUUCGUCGCAACACCCCGGGGCCCAGGGGAAGGCGGGUUCUUCCGGAGAUCGCGUGAGGCAGGUGAUCGAGUUUGAGUACGUGGAUGACACGGUUUUGGAGGAGCUCCUCGCGAUGGAGGACAGAAGACACUAG